AGGUACUGUAUAGGAUGUGGUAAUGAAAAAAUAAAACAUUUGCAAAUUGGGAAUCAGUUAAUGGCAUAAAUUAAUCUUGUAAAUGGAUGUAUCUUAAUUUAUAUUGCAGGUAUAGCCUUUGUUAAAAAAACAUUACGUACCGUACGUAAAAUGAUUGGUAUUGAAAUACACCAACAAUAUUUUUAAUGCAUCCCAAAAUGAAUGCUAUAUUUAAAAUAUUUCUCUUAGGCCCUGUCAUACGUACAUCUCCCACGACAAAAGUUAUAAGUAAUUAUUUAUUCCACAAGCACAUAAGGUAUCAGACAACAUUCCUUAUAAUAAUAGCACGAUUAUUUAUUACGGUUUAAAAUUAAAACUAUGAUUAAUUUAAUUACAGAAUUCGCUCGCAUCGGAUCCAAGUUACGCUUCGCUAAUGGAAGAGAGCUGAAUUUUUGGCAAGAUGUCUUUUAGAAACUAUUAUGAUACGCCGACGUACGGUCGCAGUCGAGACACUGGGAGAAGUACAUCGAGCACGACCGCGGACCGGCCGACAACUGUCACUGCGAAGUACCUCAACACAACACCGUCAUACAAGUCGUCGAGCAUUCCUAUCUUAUGCCCAGACCGAGCCACCAAAGAAGAUACCCCGAUCUCGACAAUCGCAAACCGCUAUGCGAGUUACAAUAAAACAGAAAAGCCUGCUGUUACUAAAUACGAUUCCUACAGUGCGAGUAAAGUUGAAAAACCUGCUUCAAAAUAUGAUAACUAUAGUUCAAGUAAAACCGAUAAAUGCACAUCAAAAUACGAACCCUACAGCUCAAGCAAGACCGAUAAACCUACAUCGAAAUAUGAUUCUUACAGCUCUAGUAAAUCAGAUAAACCCACUUCAAAAUAUGAUUCCUACAGCACGAGUAAAACAGAGAAACCUACAUCUAAAUACGAAAAAAAGGAUUAUUCAAAACUUACCGUACCAUCGGUCACCACCAACAAAAGCAGAGACGUGAGUCCUGUAUCGACCUCGAAAUAUAGUUUGAGCCGACCUUCACGGCACUUAAGUCCGGAGAGGAGAACUACGAAAAUGUACAAAGAUAAAAGCCGAGAUCCUAGCCCAGGAGAUCUCGAUAAAGACAUUCCAAGCAAGACUGACAAGUCUACAGGCUACACUAGCCUGUCGAGUUACAAGUUAUAUCCUCGUACUUCAAAUUAUACACGACCUGCACCUAAAGCAGAAGCAAAACCAGAAAUUACAGUCAACAGAUAUGCCAUAGCAAAUAGGUUAUCUUCUAAUUACUUAAGAAGUCCUCCUACUGUAAAACGAGCCUCAGUAUCUCCGGUCAACCACACUGAGACCAUACCCAAACUCGAAGUGAAAACAGAAGCAGAGAAAUGUGUUCCACAGCCACCGAUAGUAGAAGAAGUAAAGCCACAAAUAGAAACUGUUAGUGACAAUAGUGAAAAUGUAAAUUCAAAUGGAACUAAUGAAGAAAUAGAUGAUAAUGAGACUGAAACGAUUACUAUAAUAACACGUCAUACUUCGCCAACCCCACCUGGUUCCUCAGCAUACGUGCGGAGUAGGAGAGCAGAUAUGGCAAAAACUAUUGAGAAGUCAAUAACCAGAGCUAAAAAGAGGCCUGAGAUGAUAGAUAAAGAAAUUCAGUCAGACAGGUUAGAUGACCCAACAAGAUCAAGUAGAUUUGGGAGUACUGCAAGGACUAGCGUAACCAACUGGUCAUAUUAUACCCCGAAUUCCAAUAGUUAUACUGGAUACGCAGGAAGAUAUUCAACGCAAUAUUCUAAUUUGAGAGAAAGUCCAGGCAGUAACUCUUACUCUGCUAGUGAUAGAACCGGCAGAAGCCACAGUACUGAGCCUGAAAAGAGAGAAAAUUCUAUAAGCACCUCUCCGUCUGAACAAAACAGAAUAGAGGAAAGCCCUGUUUCUAACCAUAUAGGAGAAUCAAAUAAUGAUAUUAUUUCUGUAUACGCUGAACAAAAUAAAAGCACUGAUUCAGAAAUAAUAAUAAAUGUUAAUUUGAAAUUGAAAAGAGCUAAAAGUCCAACAGCAUCCACCGAAUUAGUCUCACCUGAAAUUACAAUUACAAAUAGCCAAUUACCACCACAAGCUCCAAAGGCAGAAGGAACCACCAAAACAAAGAAAGUCAAAGUGAAAAAGUCCAUUACCGACUCAUCUACAGAAUCAGGUUCUAAGAAAAAAAUAAUUAAAAGGAGAAGCAAGUCAGUUAGUUCCACAGAUUCAGAUCAAGGAAGUGAAGUUAGUGACAAGGGAUCAUCGCCGAAAAGUUUACAAAAAAAUUCGUCAAGUAGUAAUGUACCAAAUGGAAUUUCAAAAUUAAAACAUUCCAAAUCUCGCGAGAGUGCCAGCCCGGAAUCAAGUAUUACUUUAUCAACGCAAUCAUCGAUUAGUGAAGAUGAAACGGUUUCUAAGUCCAAAACGAAUGAACUGUCUAGAACAUCCGCAGAUGAAGUAUCGAUUCCAACUGAUCGAUCAGGGAAACAGCCAUCUCCCGUACCGCAACAAAAGAAUGAAACUGGAACAGAAGAGGCUAAAUCCUUUUUAAUACGAGCUCUCGCACCAGUCACUAAUUUGUUUAAAAUGAGGCAUCAAGAGAGUAGUGAAAAUAGUCGCUGGCUAGAAAGUUCCACUUCAGAAUCAACAGGCAAAGACGUUUCGAAUAUUACAACUGAAAGUGACAGGUCAAGUAAGCCAAAGAUUGAUACUACAAAUAUCAUAGCAUCAAACGACGACAACCUAGUCAAAUUAACAGCCAUAAGGCCAAUAGAAUCAGGUGAGAAGGCGUGGUGGUUAGAUUCUGAAUCGGACCCAAAAAGUAGUUUGCAAAAUAGUGAACACCAGAGGUCACCUUCAGAAAAGAACAUUCCUCGAAAGAUAAGACCUGUAGAAUCAGGAGAGAGAGCAUGGUGGCUGGAGUCGAAUAGUGAAAGUAAACACGAAAGUCAAAAUUCACAUAAUGCACACACUAAUUCUACAGAGAGCUCGGAUAAAAUGAAGCCUCUUAAGAAAUGUAAAUUUGCAGAAGAUGAAAAGCCUUGGUGGCUUGACAGUUGCGCAAAUAUACCAGAAGGAAUCGAGCGACUCAGUCCACCUAGAAAAUCAUCAAGUGAUAGUGAAAAAAGCGAGAAAUUUAACUUUUUCAAGCUCCGUCAUAAUGAAUCAGGUGACCAAAAGGAUUGGUGGCUCACUAGUAAUGAAAAUUCAACUAAUAGCAGUAAACCAGAGUUAAGCUUAAACUUAAGUAAAUCUGGAUCUGAACGAAAUUUCCCAUUAAGGCGAAUACGUCACAUAGAAUCUGGAGAACGACCUUGGUGGUUAGCCAGUGACAAAAACAUUCCAGAAGGUAUAGAAAAGUUACCAACGCCUCCACCACCUGAAGAAAGUGACUCCUCAGACUCCGAAGUACAGGUGUACGUUCCGCCGACACAUAUCCCACCAUUUCCUCUACAUUUACCUGACGACGAACCUUUGGGAGCCAGGAGAAGUCCAGAAGGAUUAGAAACACCUAAAGAAAACGAUGAGUAUAGAGGGCGAACAUCACCUUACGAAAACAGCAGGCAAUUUAGGAGACCAUCAACAAAUUCUUACCAAAAAGGCGUAAAUAAGUACAUAUCUCGUUACACUGACAUCGACGAUAUCCUUGGAACUUCUGGACAAAUAUACAGUCCGUUUAUGGACUCAAUAUUAGCAAGAAGAACCGGACAGAUGCCAUUCGACGACGAUGCGUGUGAAGAAAUAGAUCCGACACAAGUCAGAAUCCACGAUAGCACGGCGCAGCGGCCUGUUAUUAAGAAAAUUCGUUCCAGAAGCAAUAUCAUCGACUACCGGGACGAAGAUCAACUUGAUGACGCAACUCUGCAGGUCUUCAAAGAUGGCGAUUAUGGACCUUACUUAGACCUGGACUCCACACUUGGAGAACAGGAUGAAGAACUUGACGGACUUCAGGACAGCCGCAAAAAUGCGUUGGUGCUCCGUACCCAGUUGUCUGUCCGCGUACAUGCCAUCAUUGAGAGAUUGCUUCACUCUCAAGGUCGGGAAUUGCGCAGGGCUUUGUUUACGCUCAAACAGAUCUUGCAGUCGGAUAAGGACCUCGUUCAUGAGUUCGUGGCCAAUAAAGGCCUGGACUGCCUCAUGCAAGUCGGGAACAUGGCGGACCACAACUAUCUCGAUUACAUCCUCCGAGCUCUUGGCCAGAUACUCCUAUACGUGGACGGGAUGCACGGAGUGAUGGCUCACGCACGCUGUGUUCAGUGGCUAUACUCACUCAUCGCCAGCAAGUUCCGUCACGUCGUCAAAACCGCUUUGAAGUUACUCCUUGUCUUCGUGGAGUACACUGAUAAGAAUUGUCUCCUCCUCAUCGAUGCCAUUGUUUCCGUAGAUAAUUCUAAUGGCAGGCAGCCCUGGUACAACAUCAUGAAGAUCCUACAGGACUUUGACGCUUCGGAUACGGAGCUCCUGAUUUACGCCACGACUUUGAUCAAUCGGUGUCUGAACAAUGUUCCCGAGAGAGACACUUAUUACGAUCAAGUUGAUGCUUUGCAGGAACAAGGCAUAGAUGACAUCAUACAGCUAUACAUGUCUAAACAAGGAACCGAUUUAGAUUUGCUGCGACAGCUUCAGAUAUUUGAGGCUGUGUUGUUGUACGAGGAUGGAGACGAAUCUGGCACCGCCCUUAAACAACUGGAUGAUUCAGUUAUCAAUUCGAUUCGCCGCAGAAGUAUAAAUUUAAGUGGCCCUGAACGGCGAAAAUCUAAGAAACAACAAUCCAAAGAGAAAGCAAAACCAGUCAUCACUCACACGGAAACAGACAAUAAAAUAACAAAUCACCAUCGAACACAAUUCUUACCAUCUAUUACUGAUAACAAUAAAGAGAACAAAGAACUGAGCUCAGCUUUAAGAAGAAGAAGAGACAGAUACGCGAGGCAGGCACACCAUAUUAUUCAACAACAGGAGAUGCUAAACAGUUCCAGUGACAUUUACAAUGGACUGUUUGGUAGCGCUAAUGGGAGCUACAAUAACACCAAUGGGAGUGUUACUACCACAAAUGGGACUUUUUCAACUCCUAACGCGAGCUUUACAAGCACUAAUGGUAGUUUCACAAGCCCAAACGGAAGCUUUUCAAGCCUUAACGGAAGUUUUUCAAGUGCCAACGGGAGCUUUGCGAGUACUAAUGGAAAUUUUACAAAUUUAAAUGGGAAUUACACAAACACAAACGGGAAUGUUACUACCACGAAUGGGAACUAUACAAAUGGCACUUACAACAAUAAUAAUAAUAAUAAGAGUUAUUCGGGUGUCAAUGGCAGUACAAAUGGUUCUAAUCACGUGAAUGGAGUCAAUGGUCACCAGGAAGAAGAUGACACUUACUACAAUAGGACAUCCAAGAACUUUAACUUAGCCGAUGUUUUAAAGAAUGGAACCCAAAGGUACACAUCUGGUCUAAAGCAAAGAAUUCAAAAUGGAACUUUAGGUCAUAGCGUGAAUGCGGUGGAUGCAAUCGCUGUAAUACGCCAAAAGCAGGUUGACACGCCACCUGAGGUUAAAGAUGAUCGUGGAAUACUGCUCAAUAGAGAACACAGCAUUAAAGAUCUAGCUCAAAGACUGACCAGCCCAGUCAGCCCAACCUCGGAGGACAAACCUCUGAGAGUGUCUGACAUGGCAGGCAUCGUAUCGAAAGCCAAAGAAGAGUUAGCUAAAUCUCAAUCGAAAGAAAUCAUAAAAAGCCCUACCAUUGAGAAGUCAGCCAAAGUCCAUGAAAUCAAAGUAUCGGAGAACGAUUUGCAUUGGGAGGAACUUCGAAAGGGUUGUCUACACAGGGAAUUCCAUUUAUGUGAUUUGGAUUUCUCUGAUCUUCGUGAAGAUUCUGAUGAUGAGAUGUCAUCACCUAUUGUUAACGCAGCCAGUGGUCCUCCUCCUCCUCCCCCGACAAUGUUCCCACCUAUGGGAAUGCCUCCUCCCCUUCCCGGUUGCUUUCCUAUUAAUUCUAAGAAUAAUGUACCUACUCCUCCAAAACCGGCUCUUUCUUCAGAGUUGUCAAACGAUUCUGACAGCUCUACUAUAAAGAAAAAUAAAAAGACAGUUAAGCUGUUCUGGAGGGAGAUCCAAGAGAACCCUAUUCCUGUAGCCAUCAGACCUAAGGUCGGAGGGUUCAUCUGGGACGAUCUGCCCAGCGUCAGCGUUGACACAGCUAUGCUUGAGCACCUGUUUGAGUCUAGAACCAACGACUUAAUAAUCAAAGUAAAAACUUAUGGAACCAAAGAGAAACCUUAUACUAGACGCAAAGCGAUCUAACGCUAUCAACAUAGCGAUGAAGAAGCUGCCCACACCACAGACCAUAAAAGCGGCCAUCAUGAAAAUGGAUG